GAGACUAUUCAUUCUCAAAUCACAUUUAUGAUACCGCCCUUCUCUCAAGUAGACGUGAAAAGGUCUAAAUCACAAGAGAGCCCAUACUGAUUUUAACUGCUUUCUGAUAAUACAGCUGCCCUAAAAGGUGGAAGAUCUUCCUAUCAAGACCUGCUUGGGCAGAAAUCACUUAAGGAUGACAUGAACCAUCACCAUUAUACAAAUAAUUGUUGUCUUGAAUUGAGCUCAGCUUUUCUUUUUAACCCCCGUUUUCCCUAACCCCCUGAAUGGAGCAGUGUGCUGCGAAGCGAUCAGCGAGUCAGACUAAAGGGAAAACCUGUGUGUGUUUGGGGUCAAGCAGUCUGGGGAGAUCUAAGGAGCAGCAGGAGGGAGCAGGACAAGACGACUACUGUUGGAGUGUGGACCCUCUCUUACAUGCCUCUCUCCUGCUCACCCGGCCUCUUACUUUCUGCUGGUUUUAAGGGCUUUAAGGAAGGUGGGAGGAGGAGGACCAGGCUGUGGAAGCAGGGCCGCUGUGUUUGUCCUUGUGAGUCCUGCUGUGGGCUGGCUAUUUCCGUUCCUGAUCCAGGCCACUGAGCUGGACAUCCCUCCUGUACAGUUCUGUGUGUGCCUCUCCGCCUGGGGCCCCAGGGCCUUGAUCUGGAGACACCACAGCCAUGGAGGUGGCUCUGGUCGACUUGGAGGGCCUGGACGACGUGGACAGCAGCCUGGAGGAUGAGCUGGAGAGCUACUCAGACGAGACCACCGCUCUCACGGUGGACAUGCCACCGGAGCGGAGCAGCCCAACGAGCGACCAUCUCUUCCUGGCGCCUCAACUCGCCUCCACACCCUCCCACUUCAGCACCUUGCCCCCCAGCAUAUGGGGGUCUUCAGCCUCAAUGGCCGGCCUACAGGCACAGACACUGGCCGUGCCCCAGUCCCCGAAGACGAAUACGGGGAGCAGACGGGGGCGCACAAGCUGUGCCAGCAUGAUCUCCAACUGGAAGUUGUUGCUAAGCAGCGAGUCCACCAAGGAGAGUGAGACCAUAUACAGCCGCCUAGCGAAGGAGUGCUGCGAGGAUCUGUUUGUUGAUAAGCGUGGUCUUGACGACGGCGACCAGAAGGUUAUAAUAAAUAUUGCCGGUCUUCGAUUCGAGACUCAGCUCAAAACAUUGGACCAGUUCCCCGACACGCUGCUGGGGGACCCGACGAAGAGGAUGGAUUACUUUGACCCGAUGAGGAACGAGUACUUUUUCGACCGGAACAGGCCAAGCUUCGACGGGAUCUUGUAUUACUACCAGUCGGGGGGUAAGAUCCGGCGUCCAGCCAACGUUCCUCUUGACGUGUUUACAGAUGAGAUGAUCUUCUAUGAGUUGGGCAGUGAGGCCAUGGAGCAGUUCCGAGAAGACGAGGGCUUCAUAAAGGACACAGAGAUCCCGCUGCCAACCAACGAAAUCCAUCGGCAGUUCUGGCUGCUGUUUGAGUACCCGGAGAGCUCCAACGCAGCACGGGGCGUCGCGCUCGUCUCGGUCUUCGUCAUCGUCAUCUCCAUCAUCAUCUUCUGCCUGGAGACUCUGCCAGAGUUCAGAGAAGAGUCGGACAUGCUCAUUCCCAGCGGGCUGAAGCCUCUCAACCAAUCCGCGGGCGCGCAGCCACCCAAGCCCCCAACCUUCUCCGAUCCCUUCUUCAUCAUCGAGACGGCCUGCAUCGUUUGGUUCUUCUUCGAGCUGUUCGUGCGCUUUUUGGUGUGUCCCAGCAAGAGCGACUUCUUCCACAACCUGAUGAACAUCAUAGACAUCGUGUCCAUCAUCCCCUACUUUGUCACGGUGGUCACGGAGGUGGUGAGCACGCCGCAGGAGCACGCAUCGGCCAACAUGUCUCUGGCCAUCCUGCGCAUCAUCCGUCUGGUCCGGGUGUUCCGUAUCUUCAAGCUCUCCCGUCACUCCAAGGGGCUGCAGAUUCUGGGGCAGACGCUCAAGGCCAGCAUGCGGGAGCUGGGCCUUCUCAUCUUCUUCCUCUUCAUCGGAGUCAUCCUCUUCUCCAGCGCUAUCUAUUUCGCUGAGGUGGACGAGCCCAAUACGCAGUUUGUCAGCAUACCAGAGGGGUUUUGGUGGGCGGUUGUCACCAUGACCACGGUGGGCUACGGAGACAUGUGUCCGAUCACCAUGGGCGGUAAGAUGGUGGGCACCCUGUGCGCGAUCGCCGGCGUGCUGACCAUUGCCCUGCCCGUGCCCGUCAUCGUCUCCAACUUCAACUACUUCUACCACCGCGAAACGGAGGCUGAGGACAAGCUCCCCAUGACCACUGCUGUGGAGGAGGCCAUGAAGUUGGACAUGGAAAACAAACAAGGAAGUAGAACCACGCUGAACAAGUCCAACGGCGUCUGGCAGAAUGACAUAGGGCAAUAAGUGUGGGGGGGGGUUCAAGUUGAAAUAACUUGAACAUGGCUUAAGGAGUAGAGGACACUGAUGAAGAAUUUAACUGUUUUAUGUAGUGCAUCAAUUCUAAUUUAUGCUUGAUACCAUUCUCAACAUUAUUUAAUGGAAACAGAAGAGUUCAUUUAAUGUCAUAUUACAGGGUAAUUUAAGUUUAGAGUUAUUUUUGAACGUGUAACUUGUGCAUACAGGACUGUAUAUUUAGGACUAUAUCAUAUGAAUAACUCCUUUAUCCGUUUUCUUUAGUUUAGAUUAUUUUUUCACCAAAUAUCUUACAGCACAAUGGUCGAACUGACUCUACGGUAUGUAUUUUAAUUGAGUGCCUUAUGUUCUAAAUAUAUAUAUUUAUAUAUUUAUGUGGAAUCCGCCAUAUGUUAGCUAAUCAUAGUUCAAAGGCACAUAGGCCUGGUAUUUUAUAAACAAUGUAAUACUUCCACAGGUUUGAGACAAUACUAUAAUCAAACAAUGAGUUGAGUAUGAAAGAACGGAUUGCUCAAACACAUUGCAAUGUAAUAUAUGAGGAUGAUGUCUGGUGUUUGAUAACUGUUUCUGUGAUAAUUAGGAUGAAGACAGUGUAUGGUCUGAUGUUUUAGGACAGACCUUUCUCUUAUCAAUUGCUGCUACCGUGUGAAUGUGAGGACAGCCACAGAUCCAGUGAUAUAUUCUCAUGAAAUGAUUACCUGGGCGAUGGCCACAGUAGCGUGCAGUUUGUCACUCUUAAAGACCAGUACACUGUAUAAUUGGAUGUGUUUGUUUGUACAGUAUGAUUCCAAUGCAGUAUAAAACAUACUGUAAAUGCAA